AUGUAGUCCAUAUUAAUCGCAGUGACAGAUAAAUAAAUAAAAUAUCAACUCAAUGUACUUUGUUCUCAUUACACAGUGAUUUGAGAAAGCAAUCAAGUGCUCAGAUGAACUUGACAGGUCACUUCAUUCCUUCAUCUGUCACCGUCAGGCUCAGGAUUUUGUAGGGCCAGCGAGGGAAUGAGAGCUUCAGUGGAGGAAAUCCUGCCACCAUCUGAGUCCCAGUCACCCAUGAGAAAUGAUUCCUGGCAUGCUUGCUGGGACCAGAGGCUGGAGAUAUACGCUCAUACUGCAAUUACGAGAUGUAUGGAGCAUGAACUGCCAGACUGAUGCUGAAAAUGGAGGGAAGGCGAUCCGGAGAACAGGAGACACCGGGACAGAGCACACACCUCAGGAGCACGGGGACUGGAGAGAGUGUGGAAACACAGAACACUAGGGAGGAACACAGGAGUGAACAGAAAAGCAAAUUCUCACCAGCUGAAGCACUACAAAAUGGCAACUAGGCCAUCUCACUUUGAGGAGAACCUUCUGUGCCCUGUUUGCCGUGACAUCUUCAGAAAUCCUGUUCUCCUGCUGUGUUCUCAUAGCUUUUGCUGGGCCUGUCUGGAUCAGUACUGGGAGAUCAGUGGCUCACAGAUAUGCCCUGUAUGCCGGACAGACUUCUGCAUCGACCGUCCUCCAUGCAACCGCGCUUUGAAAAACCUGUGCGAGAUCUUCCUGCAGGAGAGAAGCAAGACUGCGUCAGCGGAGCCCGAGUUAUUCUGCAGUGCGCAUGGAGAGAAACUUCAGCUCUUCUGUGUGGAGGACCAGCAUCUGGUGUGCAGCGUGUGUGUGAACGAUGACAUGCAUGUUAAACACACAUUCAGACCUGUGGAUGAAGCUGCAGUGGCACUCAAGGAGGUGCUCAAAACAAGCCUGAAGCCUUUGCAAGAGAAGCACAAACUCCUAAAAUUAGAGAAAUUAAUCUGCAAUCAACGAGUGAAACACAUCAAGAAUCAAGCUGAGCAAACAGAGACAUAUAUUAAGAAGGAGUUUGAGCAGCUUCGUCAGUUUUUGUGUGAUGAAGAGGCGGCCAGGAUAACUGCUCUGAAGGAGGAAGAGGAGCAGAAGAGGAAGCUGUUAGAGGAGCAGAUGAUGAGAAUUAACAGUGAGCUCUCACCUCUGGUAGAAAGAAUUAGGAUCACUGAGGAAGAAAUAGAGACCGACAAUAUCUCAUUCCUGCUGAAGUACAAAGGCCCACCUGAAAGCACUCAAUGCACCAGUCUCUGUCCAGAGAAGCUUCCAGAAGUGCUGAUCAAUGUGGCAAAGCACCUGGGAAAUCUGAAAUUCAGCGUAUGGCAGAAAAUGAAGGCUGCUGCUCAAUACAUUCCUGUCAUCCUCGACCCCAACACCGCUCACCCAUGCCUGCAUUUAUCGGACAAUCUGAGCGAUGUGAGGUUUGGUCAGUGGAGUCAACAGGCCUUGGGGUACUCAGACGAACGUGAGGGCUAUACGAGCGUCCUGGGCUCUGAGGGCUUCAGCUCUGGGACACACUACUGGGACGUCGAGGUCGGUGACAACACCACCUGGGCCUUAGGAGUGAUUUCAGAGUCUGCCAUCCGGACUCGAGACAAUCUGCCCAGUUCUGGUCUGUGGCGCCUCGGCUUUCACAAUGGCACAUACGGCCAAGGCCUUUCAGGGGAGUUUCUCAAGCUGCUCACUGUGAAACAGAAGGUCCAGCGCAUAAGAGUCCAGCUGGACUGGGAUGGAGGGCGAGUGUCCUUCUUCAAUCCUCUCACCGACACGCAUCUCCACACCUUCACGCACGCCUUUAGCGAGAGAGUGUUUCCGUACUUCUGUAACGUGUGUCCGUCUCAAGCUCUGCGGAUCUUACCAGUGGAAAUGGCUCCAGCAGGACUGGAGGUGCAGAGAUUUUCUGCAUUAACCAGCAAAAUAUAGAAGUAAAAAUCCUGUUCAUUUUCUACACAGAAAAUGAAUGAGAGAAAAUGAAUGGAAAAUUUGAAUAGAAUUUUUUUCCAUGGCGUUACUGUGAAAAGACAUUACUGUGAAAGCUGCUGUGAUAGGCAGAGCUUAUAUAUAUAGAUAUAUAUAUAUACAUUCAAAAGACUAUAUUAUUACUUUCACUACUUUUACAAGAAGUAAACAUAGUACACAAACACACAUAAUCAUAAGGAAGCACUAAGGAAAUUGUUAAUUAUUUGAUGUAGGAUUUUCACUUUAGUUGUCCAGUGCAACAAGAUGUUGUCUUGUUAUUUUUUUAGCUUUUAAAUAUUAUUAUUUCAAAUAUUUAUGCUUAACUGUGAAGUAUUUUUAUGGGUAGCAUGACAAACAAUGAAGACCCUUCCCACCAAAAACACUCAACACAUUGCAUACAUAGAUCUGAGUCAAAGAGCACACCCUUUUAAUUAUUUCUUCUGUUUUAUUCUGUAUUUAUAAAUGAUACUUGAAUUAAUUAAAAAAAAAAUACAAUAAAACAUUUAACUUUUUU